CUUUAAAAGAGAAAACACUCUCUCUGCUGCCAAGCCGAAUACGCAGUUAGGCAAGUAAUUCUUUGAAAAUUUGACUUAAUUGUAUGUGCAAAGGAUGUGACACACUGGAAGUCGAUAAAUCUUCACCUGGCUAAUGUGCUAUAAAUCUUUAUGGUGCAAGUAAAGAAUGCAACAACAAAGUUCUGAUUAUUCUCUGGACCUGGGCAAAGAAACGUGCAUCAACGUGGCACUUCUGAAUAGGGAAACUGAGCUUCGUGAAGGUUUGUCUGGAAGCAGCAGCCCAGAAGAUGUCGUCUUCAGCCCCUGUGAAAUGCAGGCAAUAUCAGUUUGUAUGGAUGUUACCAUGCCCCCAGGUGACUGCAUCCACAGAAGAAGUUACACUGAGUCUUCACUUUUGCUGAAGCUUCCCACAGAGGAGCGCACUGGCAGCUACCAUGCACCUUUCCAGUUUGACCGGCAUGCUCUGGCCCGAAUUUCCACCUCUCCGACUUUAAGGCGUCUAAGGAUGGCCUCUGCCUCACAAGCACUGUCAUUUCAGGACAGAGCUCUCAUGAGCUCUGACACAGCUCAGCUGGGGAAUCAAAAGGAAUACACCAGCUCGCUCCACCACAUCUGUAAAAGUCCGCCACGGUGCACUAAGUCUUCCUCACUGUCAUUUCCUUCCUGCGUCCAUGCAAAAUUACUGUCUUCCAAAGCAAAGACUGAAACAACCAUAGCAGAUCUGGAGUCUGCUGGCCCCAGAUCAAGGCUGUCAAGCCAAAAAGAUCCUCUCAGCAAUGGGAAUCCAGAAGCAACACUCCAACACUCGCGGAAAGUCAGCUCUGCUACUCUGCCGGAGAGACUUCCCCAUCCCAGCCCUAGGCAGCAGGAAGGCGUCCAGAAGAGCGGCCAGCCUAUAAAAAGAUCAGCUGAUCGCAGGCGCAGUUCUGUCGUGGUGAGUCUGCCCGGACUUGAGGUGUUCCCUGGAGACCUCCUCGUCUCGGACGGUGCCGUGGACCAUCUGCCCCCGGCAGCCCUGCUGUUGAACGCAGAGUCCAAAAAGCCAAGGUGGCCAUUUGCCAAAAGAGGAGUUGGUAAGGACAAACAGAAACAAACAUCUGAUCUGGAAAACUGUCUUUCAACUAUUAAGAUCAUAGAUUGCAGCACAUACGAAUUUUGCCUUUUUAAGAGUAAAUCUUGGCAGGAGUUUAUAAAGGCUCAAGAGACUGAGCAGAAAGAUGCCGACAGCCGAUUAGAAGUGAAGAAAGAAGAAGCCAUGUGGGAACUGUUCACAAGUGAAUGCACUUACUUUCUGGAUCAUUUGCUGGUUCUCAAGAUGAUAUUUAUGAACACGCUCAAAUACCUGCAGAGUAAUGAAUUUCUCUUGGAUGUGGAUUUGUGGAGACUUUUCGCAAACUUAGAGGAGUUGAACAAGAUGAGUCUCAGUUUUGUAAGCAGUUUUUUUGAAACUGUGCAGGAGCAGGUCAACAACUCAGAAUCGUCUAUGGAUUUCAUCUCCAUACUCAGAAAGUAUUUCCAGGGUGACCUGUGUCAGACACAUCAGAUUUAUUGCCUUAAUUACUCCUCUGCUGUCUUCUACUUGGAGAACCUGAGACAGAGAGAAGAUUUUGGAAUCUACCUGAAAUGGUGUGAGCGGAACAAACAGUGCAAGAGACUACAUCUUCCAGAGCUGCUGGUCGCUCCUCUACAUCGACUGACCCGCUAUCCCCUCAUCCUUAACAACAUCUGGAAGAGGUGCACAGAUGAAACAGAAAAAGGCUUUAUCUGGUCGGUUAAAGAAAAGGUGGAAAAAUCGAUACGGGAUCUGGAAGGUAAAGUCAAAUGGUUGGACAACUUUCAGAAAUUCAGGCAGCUGCAUGAGGUCAUAUUUUGGCCUCAAGUUUGGGAUCGUGACAAGAGAUUCUUUAUUCCAGAGUGUUUGAAACAAAGCUUAAGAGAAACCAGCAGUGAAAACAUUUUGUCUUCAACGAACAGACUUCUUCUUCAUGAAGGGAGGUUAACACUAGCAGAAAGUACAAGACUCCUUGAUGUCUACCUCUUCCUAUUUGAUGAUUUCCUAUUAAUUACCAAAAUUAAACGUAAUAAAAAGAAACAUGGGGGCUCAGACACAGGCUUAAUCCCUGUCUGUCCUCCCCUCGCUCCGGAGCUGCAGUCGCUCAUAAGAGAAGGUGGGUUUUGUACAGUCCUAGACCAGCCCAUCCCGCUAGACAGACUGAUACUGAGAAACAUCGAUCCCUUCAAUGUAACAGUCUUCAGCCUGCGAAAUGCUUUCCUAAUACAGCAUGAAAAUAGGUAUCAGCAGUGCAUAGCAGUCUUCUUGCUACAAGCACAAACAGAGACUGCCAAGAAAACAUGGAUAUCACAGAUAGAAACUGCAAUCUCCAAUUACACUAAACAACACGAAACCAAGAAAAGAACUGCUUUCUGCUUCCCAACUGAAUCCUCUGAAAUUUAAUGUCAGCACAACACUGACAGACCCAGCGAAAGACUGUUGUGGAGAUAACACAGUUAUUCCUUAAGUUUCUGAAAGCUACAGACUUCUGACUUGACUAGACAGCAGUGGUGAAUUUUGGUCACAGGAUCUAGGAAUAAAUUGGAGGUGGGCAAAUGAGGCACACAACAAAUGAAUCACUCUCGGACGCUUUUUUUGCUUCAGCUAGAGAAAGGCUCUUGCCAUCCAGAUAAGUUUUAACACAGCUUGUUGUUUCCUAGAAGGCAGGACAGCGAAAAACCUCUGUUAGCAAGGGGAACACAUUCACCAGAG